GAUCAGAAUAUCUGGAUUACACGCGGUAAUGGUGUAUCGCUGGAGCUCAAUCCACAAGUUCUAAACUUCAAUGCCCUUCCAUUCCCACUAUGACGUGACGCGACGAUGACAUCACGACCAAUUCCAUCUGUAGCGCUCUCAAGCUCGCGACCGAACAGAACAAGUGAGGUAGUCGCGUCAGGCAGAAGGACUCAACGGCGUUCGGCACAAUAACAUACCUGUACACACUCCGGGCUUUACUAGCAGUUGGAGCGGACUGUAAGACUGAGAUUCCGACCUGACGAGCCUCAACACACCGCCUCAGGUUCCCUUCGCAAAGUGAAAGAGAUUUUAUGCUAAAGUUUUCAGGAUUUGUUUAACCUCCCGCGGACAAGAGCGGAAUGAGCGACUUUACGAUGAUAAACUGUUGCCUGAUCCUUGGCGCGUGCCUUCUGUCCAGCCAAGUGGUCUGGAGUCAGCGUGUUCGAGUGGAAUAUGAGGUCACUGCGUAUCCAAAUAGCUCUGUCAAUCUGCGCUGUGAGUUCAUCAACAGCGGAAACACCAAACUCACACAGGUUUCGUGGAUGUUUGAGCGUGUCGAGGGUGAUAGACACAACAUUGCUGUAUUCCACCCCACGUAUGGAGCCAGUUUCCCUAAUAAAGAGUUUGAAGGCAGAGUUAAUUUCACAAGGGGCUCCCUGGAGAACCCAUCCAUUAGGAUCGACAAACUGAAGAUGGCUGAUGCUGGCAGGUACAUCUGCGAGUACGCAACUUACCCCAGUGGAAACGAGCAGGGAACGACCACUCUUAUCAUGCUGGCUAAACCCAAAAACUCAGCUACCGCCAUCCCAGUCCGAGCCGGCCCUUCUGAAGUUGUCGUGGCAAAUUGUGAGGCAGCCCAAGGAAAACCAGAGGCAACAAUCUCCUGGAUUACAGCUAUUGCUGGCCGCUAUAACCACACUGCAGUGCCCGAAGUGGACGGCACAGUGACCGUGAAGAGCGAGUUUCGGAUGGUCCCGACACCUGCUGAAAACGGAAAAGAAAUCACCUGCCUGGUAACCCAGAGGACGCAGAGCGAGCCACAAUCCUUCACCUUGAAGCUGGUGGUGGAGUACCCACCCACUGUGACAAUAGAUGGAUAUGACAAUAACUGGUAUAUAGGUCGGACUGAUGCCGUUUUGACCUGCGAGGCUGACGCCAACCCAGAACCCACUGAGAUUACCUGGACAACCACGUCGGGUCAGAUGCCGCCUUCGGUACGGGUGGAAAACAACCGGCUGCUGGUGAGGAAGGUGGACGAAACGGUGAACACAACAUUUGUGUGUGAGGUGAAGAACCGUCUGGGUGCUGGCAAGAAAGAGCUCUCCGCCACGGUCAUCGAUCAACCUUUACCAAAAUCCCCCUCGGCUGGGCCAAUACUCGGGGGCAUCAUUGCAGCCAUAGUCAUUCUGUGUUUGAUCGGCGCUGGUGUGGCCAUGUACCGCAAACGCGUUCAGAGCACCGCGAAUGGAGAAGGCCCCCCCAAACACAAGCCGCCUCCUCCGAUGAAGUCUGGCAGCUCAACAGAAAUGCUGAAUAAACCACAGGACAAGGCCACAACCAUCACAGAAGCCCAGCCGCUCAGCAACUACGAGACAAACUACUAUGAAACCAACUCUGCCGAGCCCGUUACGGAUCUAGAUGAUGACAACACGGGCCCUCCCGCUAACGGCGGCACCCCCAACGUCUGGGACGGCUCAGGACACCCUCCCGAAAAGGAUGAGUCGACCGAUGAGACUCUUCCACCGUAUGAACCAGCUGACCAGAAUGAUAUUGAAGUUAGCCACGGUAACUUGGCCCGUGAAGAAAGUUUCAUGUCUCAGCCCAUGCUGGUCUAAAGACGUAGGCCGUGCCUGCGAUUUGCACUGCCACCGUCCUACCCAGCCGCGGACGCCCAUUUCAGCACAGCAGGCUAUGGUCCUCGGCACAUACACAUCGAAAACCACCCCAGCCUGGUGCAAUUUUUUUUUAUAAGUGGCUAACCGAUCUUUUAACCUAUUCUCAUGGCUUUGUGGGUGGUCCAUGAAACAUAUUGAUACCUUUCGGAUCAGUGUUCAUCAGACUUUUGACAGAUUUUGGACAUUUGAUAACGCAUGUCAACAUUCUUAGUACUUUACAAAAGCAAACUUUGAUUAGAAAUUAACGGUAAAACAAAACCAUGAGAAUGGGUCGUUAUUCAUUUUUGAGGUACUAUGUAAUAUUUUAAUCCUGGUUAUGUGAAAAACAAACAUAGUCGCACCAGUUUGACUUGACAAACAUUUAAUUUUCCUGAAAGGUCUAAAUAUAUAAUAAUUUGCUUUCAGUAUUUUAAAAUACACUGCAUAUACUGUCAAAUGUUGCUUAUGUUUCUGAUCUCUACAUUUUUAUUCUGCGAUCUUGGUGUAGUGCUCUUUUAAGCUUUAGCUUUUGUCGGUUUUGUGCGUUAACUUCUGUGAUAAGGGAAAAAGUCUUGUGGUAUAUGCAAUGUAUUUUACAUACAGCAAAAAUGUAUUUUUAUAUUUUAUAUUUGAUGUCAUUUUGAUCGAUUAUAUCACCUAAAAACAAAUGUAUGCAUUAUUUUCUUAUUUUUGUUUCGUUGAUUGGCGUGUUCAUUGUUUUUGAAAAGUACCAAAUAAGUUCUGUAAAUAAUAUAAGAAAAUAAUAUAUAUAGCCAGUCUAACAUGCAUUAAAAAAGUAGAAAAAAAGGAAAAAUGCAAACAAAUCCAAAAAUACCAGUGGGGUACAAAAUGAAAAAUGUACUUUUUUUUUUUUUUUUUUUAAACAUUUAUUUUAACGGGUAUUAAGUCGUAUGCUGAUGUUUUACUUAUUGAUAUGUGUGGAUUUUGUUACUGUAUAAUCUGCAUGGCAUGGUUGGUUGCUUUCUUAAAAACAGUGGGCACCUGUCGCAACUUUUCCUCGCUCCCCUAUUUUCUGGUCAUUAGAAGCACAAUAUGCAUUUAGAGAUGCUGAAGGUGACGGGAGUUUAGGAUCAUUUUCUGCCUUCUGAAGCUAAAAGUUCAUGUUAAAGACCUUGUGAAAUCUCUUGACGAGCACAAUUUUCUUUCUGUACUGACAUAUUUCCUAUUGAAACAUUUUAGAAGAUCAAAAGACAUAAAAGAUCCCAUCCAUUUUAAAAUGGCCAAGGGGCUUUAGUUCCAUCACAGCCAUUAAUCAUGAUUUGCUACUUGCUGUUACUAGGCUGGGGUGCGUUUCCCGAAAGCAUUGUUGGUGAACCAUGGUCGUAAGUCCCAUUGAACUCUAUUGGCAACGACCAAACUUGCGACCAUAGUUCGCUUCGGGAAACGCGCCCCUGGUUGGACUACGAGGAGGGACAGUCUCAUUGCUCUAGAGAGCAUUUGAUUGGACAAAACUCUUAGUGCAGGAUGAGUCAUCAAUAUUUUUGGCCUGUUUUCCAAAAGAAAGAUUAUACAUUUUAAAUGUUUAUCUGCUAAAACUUAAAAAAAGUCAACUUUAAGGAGUAUACCAUGAUAUAUAGCUAUUGGUUUCAAAGUUAACGGAUAUGAAUUGAAAGCCAUUGAUUUAAUGCGGUCUUUAAUAUUCAAAUGCACUGUGUAUCACUUUCUUGAGCUUGGCCACAAUGCUUCAGAGGCCUUUGUUUGGCCAAACGUUAUCUUAUUCCUAUCGUUCUUAUCAAAAAGAAGUAUAGUUUUUGAAUGAAAGAAGAGGAGGAAGCUUACGCCUCCUCCUUAAAGGAACAGUUCACCCAAAAAUCAUCUCCUCACCUUCGUGUAGUUCCAAUUCCAUAUGAUUUUGUUUCUUCUGUGGAACAAAAAUUAGAUGUUUUGAAGUAUGUUUACACUGUUGCAUUCACUUUUGGUCACCAUUUAAUUCCAUUGUAUGGUAAAGAGCAGCUUGGAUGUGCUGCUAUAUAAAUGUUCUUUUGUGUUUCGUGGACAAAGAAAGUUUUUAAAGUCAUGAUUGAAUUUAUUUUGGUGAACUGUUCCUUUAAGAGAUAGAUGAGGAACAGAAGUAGUUUUUAUUUCUUUUCUUUUCUGUUUUCCUUUUCACUGGUUCUUGGAUGGCAUGGCAACUAAUUCCAUCACUGUUCGUGUCUUUCACUCUUGAAUGUAAUCUUUGCACAUCCACUUGAAGCUGUCGAUAGAUCAUUGUGUCAUAGUGUCUAAAUACAUUGUUGUAAUUGUGCCAAAGAACACAUAUCAAAACCAUAGUGAUGCAAUGAACUAAAGACUUGCUAACAGGUUACAGAGAUGAUCAAUGGAACGAAUGAAUGGCUUUUUUAAUGGUCACCUGGAGCGGAAACUCGCACAUUCACAAAGCUCACCUUUUAGAUGGGUGAAUGGAUGAAUAGGUGGGCAGGCGCCAUGAGAAAUCAAUGGAUGGACGGUAGAGUUCCCCCCAUAUGAAUUAACAAGCCCUCCUUCGUUCUUGAUUAGCCAUCGAUCACUUUCACUGCCUGAUCUUCUGGCCUGUUGGACAUCACAGAAAAUUACUGAUUCUUGCAAAACGGUUAUUCUUGACAUGACACGACAAUCUUUCACCUGUCAUCUCAGUUUAGCUGGGUUGUGGUCUCGUCACUGUUUCUAAAGAAGGGAAUGUAAGUCUGCAUGCUGCAUGAGAUUUGGGGUUAGCUUAUGUUAUCAUGCGCAAAUGGACCGCCUUCAUGCAACUGUCAUUUGCUACAAUGGUGCAGUAUUAGACAAUCACUGUGUGUUAUACUCAUCCAUAAGGGUUUCUGUGUUUUAAACUGUGAUUUCAUUUUUUUAUUUUUUUUUAAGUUUGCAUUUUUAAAAUGAUUGUUUAUCUGUAUUUUCAAGUGUUUUUAAAAUGUCUUAUAUUGAUCACAUAUACAUUUAAAGUCCUGGUAAAACUAUUUAAUGUCAUUCUGGAUUUUAAAAAAGAUAAUCAAAGGAAUGUUAAAGGUCAAAAAUUCCAAUUCUGUCAUCAUUUACUCACCCUCAUGUCGUUCCACACCUGUAUGACUUUUUAAUUUGAAGAACAUUUCAGCUGUUUCUGUCCAUUCAAUGAACGUCAGUGGGGUCCAAAACAACAAAGAAAGUCAGUCAAACAAAUUUAGAAUGCACAAGGGCGAGUAAAUGAAUGCAAUGAAUGAUCUCUUUAACAAAGUAGCGGCCCGCUAAAAUUAGUCUUUGGUUACCGAACGACUCGUGGCAUUUAUCAAAUCUUCUCUCCAGCAAAACAAACAGACUUAACUUGCCAUAUGUUUAUACUUCAUUAUCACGAAUCAUAUCAGAGACCCACUCAAAAUCAUCUGCCACGCGUUAGCUUGUGCGCUGCCCUGUCAUCGUCAAGCCAGAUGUGCCUUUGUUACUUUAUUUUGAGCCAUUUUACUGACAGAUUUGUUUUGCCUGAGACAAAAGUAAAUCAUUGACUAUAUAGACCACCCGAUGGGGAGAAUUGUGAUUGUUUUUAUUUUUAAUGUUUGUUUUUGCAUCUUAUUUCUUUCCCUACUGAGAUUAUUUUAUAUGCAUAAGCAGCGUGUUCUAUGUUUUAUGGAUCAUUGUGAUGUCUAAUAAACUAUAAGCCAAA